AUGGUGGAAACUUACACAAACCUCACUGCUAUAGGCUACAAGUGGGAAGAUAAUAUUGAAGAGCAUUGUCAAAGUUCUCGAAGACAUGGAAGGCAUGAAAAAUGUCAUACUACAGAGAAACCUUCUGAAUAUACUCAAUGUAGUAAAGCCUUUGAAUGUCCCAGUCAUCCUCAAAGGCAUGAAAUAACACGUACUGGAGAGAAACCCCAUGAAUGUAAUCAAUGUGGUAAAGCCUUUUCACAACAGAGUACACUUCAGUUUCACAAAAGGACACAUACUGGAGAGAAACCCUAUGAAUGUAAUCAAUGUGGUAAAGCCUUUUCAUAUCAGAGUACACUUCGGUUGCACAAGAGGACCCAUACUGGGGAGAAACUGUAUGAAUGUAAUCAAUGUGGUAAAGCCUUUGCUUAUCACAGUGGUCUUCAAUUACAUAAAAGAACACAUACUGGAGAGAAGCCAUAUGAAUGUAAUCAAUGUGGUAAAGCCUUUUCACAACAUGGUAAUCUUCAAAGGCAUGAAAGAACACAUACUGGAGAGAAACCCUAUGAAUGUAAUCAGUGUGGUAAAGGCUUUGCAUGUCUGGGUCAUCUUAAAAGACAUAGAAGAACACAUACAGGAGAAAAACCCUAUAAAUGUAAUCAAUGUGGUAAAGCCUUUGCUAAUUGGUCUUCUCUUCAAUUGCAUGUAAGAACACACACUGGAGAGAAACCCUAUGAAUGUAAUUAA